CUAUAUUUCUGAUGGUAAUUACCUGGAUAAAUUAUUGGAAAACGUCUUCACGAUUAUAGGACCUAUCGAUCUGGACCCCAUGCCAUUAUGAUCUUCUCACAAUCUCCUUGGAUAUGGUUUAUACCUGUGUUUUUAGUCCUCAUCCUAAUCGUAACAAUCGUCGCAAUUUGCAUCUGUAAAUGGCCUCGUCGUAAGGUCCCGCGUCAUGUCGACCCGCGAAUCAUCCUCAAGGAUGUCAAUCACGUCGAAGUCAUCUCCAACCCCGGCGUCCCCGCGUCGCCGACCAUGCCUCGGUUCUCCACCGCUGGCGACGGCCUAAUGGUCCGGAAGAUCGACCUCACCAUCCCACCGGAAGUUCCAUCCGUCGAUCCGCCGCCGCUCCCGUCGCGGCCGCCGUCGAUGGCGGCUGUUCAAAAGAAAGCGUCUUCGAAGAGGCGAAAGAGUAAAAAGAACCAACUGCGCCUCGUAGAUGAUAAUUACCGAGGCCUUGAAGAACCGAACUUCAGUACCAUGAUACCGGAUAUCACAAUCAUGGAUGUGGAUAUAUCCGAUCAUAAGCGGUUCGAGUUCAACUUGGAUCCGACCGAAUGCGAGAGGGACAAACUUAUAUUAGAUUGAUUUUUUUUUGAACCCUCAUAUUCUCUGGAGCCAAUGAAUCCUGUGAGUCCUGGAUGCGAACUUGGACGAGCGGAUAUAAUAAUGACAGUAUUGAGA